AUGAUUUUCACAAUUCCUAAGCUUCUACUACGAACAUAUAUAAUCUCAUUCAUAUUAUGGAUAAUAUUCACUACUGUAAUACCACAAGUUUCAUUAAAAUAUAAAGAUUCACGAAUAAAAACCAACAAAUUUGAUACUACCACGUAUCCAUAUUCAUCAAUCACAUUUCCCAAAUCAUUACCAAUUACAAAUUCACUAGUUUAUUUUAUAAUAGGACAUCCAGAUGAUGAAGUAAUGUUCUUUGCACCCUCAUUGAUUGAAUUAUCAAAGUCGAAAUAUAACAAUUAUAUAAAAUUGAUAAGUUUAAGUAAAGGUGAUUAUUUAGAUGAUUCAUGGGGUUCUAUUCGUUCAAAUGAGUUAGUACGUAGUUGUGAAAUUCUUGGAAUUGAUAAAUCAAAUAUCACAAUUGAAAAUUUCAGAGAUGGAAUGAAUCAAAAUUGGUCAAAUGUUGAUUUAAAAUCAACCUUGCGUAAACAUAUUAAAGAUGUGGAAAAUUUGGUCCUUAUUACAUUUGAUAAUCAAGGUGUUUCUAAACAUCCGAAUCAUAUCUCAUUAUAUCAUGGAACGAAACUAUUUGUAAAGAGUUCAAAGAAUAAACCAACUUUAUAUGUUUUAAAAAGUUUAAAUUUUGCUGAAAAAUAUAGCUUUACUAUAUUUUCAAACAUAGAGAUAUUUUUUGACAUAAUAUCCAAUUUUAUUCAGAGGUUUAUUCCUGUUAAUAUCAACAUUAGUUUUUUUAAUAAAGCUUCAAUUGGUAAAAAUGUUAAAAUUUAUUCAGAUUUAAAUAUGUUAAGUUUAAGUUACGCAGCUAUGACAUAUGGACAUUUCAGUCAAAUGGUUUGGUUUAGAUAUGGUUGGUUAUUAUUAAGUAGGUAUCUCACAUUUAAUCAUUUAAUAGAGGAAACAAUAUAA